CAAUUGAUUAUUACCACAACUGUGGAUGUUAAUGAUUCUUUCAUGAACAUUAUUUUUGCUACAACUGACGCAAGUUCAUAGUACAAGUAUAACUUAUAGCCACAAGUAUCGUUUGGACUAUUUCGGCUUAACAGCCCCGCCCCCCUAAGAUUUGUGACGCCCAAUUCAAUCAAUUAUUAAUUAAGGCUCUGUUCACACUUCUGGAGUAUAACUGCUCAUCUGGAAGCCAGAUACAUCUCUCCUGCCAGAGAUCACACUUCACCUACAAUUAUAAAUUGCACUCAAAUGCUUCACUGUCCCUUUAAACGUUUGCUCCUAAACUACAUUUCCCAUGAUGCCCUCCUCCGGACGUGCGUCGUGACGUUCCAUGUACUGGUUCUCUCCUCUGUGUUUAUGGCCGUGCGUGCUGACGUCACCGGGCAGCGAUUCCUUCGCCUCUAGCAGUCCCUCCGUUGUCGUUGCUGCCGCUGUGUAGCAGUUCCUGCCUUGCAGCCAGUGUGCUCUGCCGGGCGGCCCCGUCCAGACCCGGGAUUCUGGAGAACGACGCCUCCCCGACCGCCAUAUUUGCUGUUGCUUCGCUGCCAUCAUUGGUAUUGUUCCGGGGGAGCAGACCAGCUUCGUCGUGACAGGCCUGUGACUUGUGCUGUCGUCCGCGGAGAGGAGCGCCGCACUCUGCCCUGUAUCGCUACAAAAUAAUGAAAAAAGUGCACCAAACCUCUUGAUAAGACUGGGGUAUAAGUAACGGCCACGCUCAUGUUUUCUCCUGAUCAAGAAAACCACCCUGCGAAAGCACCUGUGAAGUAUGGGGAGCUCAUUGUACUGGGAUACAAUGGCUCUCUUCCAAAUGGAGACAGAGGGAGAAGGAAAAGCAGGUUUGCUCUGCUGAAAAGGCUGAAAGCAAAUGGGGUGAAGCCAAGUACAGUUCAUAUUGCCUGUACACCGCAGGCAGCAAAGGCAAUAAGUAACAAGGACCAGCACAGCAUAUCUUAUACUUUGUCACGGGCACAAACUGUGGUGGUGGAGUACACGCAUGAUAGCAACACGGACAUGUUUCAGAUUGGAAGGUCGACAGAAAGCCCCAUUGAUUUUGUGGUAACCGACACAGUUCCAGGAAGCCAGAGCAACACCGAUACACAGUCCGUUCAAAGCACCAUCUCAAGAUUUGCGUGCCGGAUAAUAUGCGAAAGAAACCCUCCUUUUACCGCAAGAAUAUAUGCUGCAGGCUUUGACUCGUCCAAGAAUAUUUUUCUUGGGGAGAAAGCUGCCAAGUGGAAGACUCUCGAUGGACAGAUGGAUGGGCUGACAACAAAUGGUGUCCUUGUUAUGCAUCCACGCAAUGGUUUCACCGAGGACUCUAAGCCCGGAGUCUGGAGAGAGAUAUCUGUGUGCGGCAAUGUGUUCAGUUUGAGAGAAACCCGCUCAGCCCAGCAGAGAGGAAAAAUGGUGGAAAAUGAAAGCAACGAACUACAGGACGGUUCCCUCAUCGAUCUAUGUGGAGCAACUUUGUUAUGGCGCACCGCCGAAGGGCUUUCCAGAACUCCAACCGUGAAACACUUGGAAGCCUUGAGACAGGAGAUCAAUGCAGCGAGACCCCAGUGUCCUGUCGGCUUUAACACACUAGCAUUUCCCAGCAUGAAAAGAAAGGAUGUGGUUGAUGAGAAACAGCCGUGGGUCUAUCUGACCUGUGGGCACGUGCAUGGCUACCACAACUGGGGGAAUAAAGAGGAACGGGAUGGGAAAGAUCGGGAAUGUCCAAUGUGUCGUUCUGUGGGACCGUACGUUCCUCUGUGGCUAGGAUGUGAAGCUGGAUUUUAUGUGGAUGCAGGCCCUCCAACUCAUGCCUUCAGCCCCUGUGGACACGUGUGCUCAGAAAAAACCACUUCCUACUGGUCCCAGAUUCCACUUCCUCAUGGUACUCACACUUUCCACGCAGCGUGCCCCUUCUGUGCACACCAGCUUUCAGGGGAGCAAGGUUACAUCAGACUUAUUUUCCAAGGGCCUCUAGACUAAGUGGCUUUUUUUUUUAUCUUUUUGUCAGGGCUUGCACUGAACACAUAAGCUAAGAUGGGUUUAGUUUGCUUUCCAGUGGACUUUUUUGAAGUUUACUUGGGACCCCUCAGCAAGGAGAGGAAGGAAACUACAGAACGAUGGAAGAACCAUGAAGAGAAAUGGGAACAACAUCUCUCUGUGCAACCAGACAUUUCAAGACGGGAUUAUGCAGAUAUGAUUUAAAUGCCUUCAUUACUCUUUCUGAAUGACCCAACCUCAGUAUUAAAUUAUUUUAUGGAAACUGGGGAGAAUACAGUCGGCUCAAACUACAUUAGUUUACAGUUCAAAACACCUUGUAUAAUAUAGCAUAUGACGAUUUUGUAUUUAACUUUAGUAUGGAAAAUUCCCAGUGACUUGAUAGACUCGUCCUACAUAUUGACCGGUGUACUUUGGAUGCUUAAAGUAGCCCAGGGACAAGUCGUCACCACACAAACAAGGACUGCGUCUCUUUAUUUUGUUUCUUCUCUGCGUCAUGGUCAUGGGACGGGCACAUCUCGCCAUCGAACCAUGUAACAAGUUCACCAGAAGAGUCUGAGGGAUCUGUAAAUAUGCAGCUCAUUGAUGUCCUCCGUGUUUAGUCUUAUCAGAUGCUAGUCAGUUUGCAUAUGUUUGCAACAUUUCAGGGUUUUAUUUAUCGUUCGUAACUUUUAUUCAGAUUUUUAUUCCUGAAGUACUUGUGAUAUUAUAUGUUUGUCCUUUUAUGAGC